AUGCCGGCAUCCCAGCUAGCUCCGACUUCGCUGGGCCAUGUCGCGGUAACUCGCGGCAGCCAGGUUGCGGUCACAGCGCGAUUCGAAGGACUUGCGAGCAAGGCUUGGCUCACCCGCAAGCUAUCUGUUCUGCUGCCUGUGGAGGGCCUGCCCAAGCAAGCAGUGGACGAGCUGGUGUCGACUCUACAGCUUCAGCGCGUGGCCUAUCUUCUGGAAAAUGUUCCUCUGGAGUCACUGGGGCACCAGUGGUUCGUCGACUCAGCUUCCCAGAGAAAGAUCUGUGGCCUGAGUGUUGGUCCGGGAGGUCAGAGCAGCGUCGCGCUGCUGGGAGCGUCCGGGCGCCUCUGCGCCAGGUUGCCGGCACCGAGCUUUCAGCGUCUCGGCCUUGAAGAGCCGCUUCCAGGUGCCGCGAAGCUCCAGGCAAAGCUCUUGUCAGGCCAGCGUCACGUCGUCGUGGACUUGCCUAUUUCGAAAACGAGGGCAAGGAGGGCGGCCAAGACGAAGGAACCGGCCACCAGCAGGUGGCAGUCUUUGACAGCGCCUUUGGGCGAGACCAUCUCUUUGCGAGCUUACUGCGACCGAGAGAUGGAGCCACCCUACGACUUCGCACCCUUGCGGUCUGUGUCCUCCCGCAUGCAUUCCCAGCAGGUGCCAGUCCAACAUCGUUUACUACGUCUUGGACAAACCCUUCGCAGGCCGCCUUUCGAACGCUUGGUGCUGGAGCCGUGGCAGUGGAACGAUCCCCUGGACCAGGCAGCCCAAAGUGCUGCCCGGUUCUCCGCAUCGUACGGCCAAGCUUGUGAAGAUCUCCUCGAUUGGCUGGGUGGGCUACAUCUCGAAAUAGAUAUGCCAGACGGAGAUCUUGGGCAGGUCUCCAAUCCUGGAAUGGACACGGAGGCACUUCUGUGGACUAUGGGCGAAAGUUUGCUGGGACCUUCCCAAAUCCUGCAUGCCUUGCAAGUCUGCAAAGAUGCCUUUGCGAAGCAGGCAGAGUGGUUUUUACUCUCAAUCUGGGGUGCAGAGGAUGCGCCAAUCUCCCAUCAUGGUGGUGCACAUGGCUUGGAUAUCAGUGGAGCUCACCAUGCACACCUUCUGUGCGUCCGUGGGAGGUCUGAGGAGCGAGAGGAUCCACAAGGCUUGCUGAUCGAGGGGGUGAACGCCCUUGACUCUGCAGCGUGA